AUGCGCGUAUUCUGGCCGUCAGACGCUCCAAAGGACUCUGCGCCGGGCGUUCUGGUGGGGUUCAGAAACUCGAAGUCAGAUGUCUUUGUGGUAGCUGUGCUUCAAGAAGUCGAGUUGCGUCAAGUCGAGAACGCGCUGCUUGUCGGGACCUUGCUGCGACACAGCCCACACGAUGUUCAGGAACUACUUCAACGAUGCGGACACUCCUCGAUGCGCGCUUUGGGCUACGUCAACCCCAAGAGCCCAGUCGAACAGCCUGAUACCGACCUCAUCGUAGUCCAUACCGACCCCUCGUUCCGCUUUCCGCGCCUUCAUUAUCCUCACGAACCGCUCGUGGCUAUGCAAGUCAUCGUAUACGACCGACCGCACCCAACGCGUAUGCAAUACCUCUCGCUCAAGCCUAUCACGCUCGCAUUAGGAGACAAAACAAGGGUCGCGGAAUGGGAUGUAGCUUUCGAGGAGCUGGAGAAAGCAGAAGAGAAGGAGCGGAGAAGGAAGGCACAUCUCGUUGAGAAGCUCAAGCUGCACACGGUCAUUGCACACCCGCGCACUCAAAAGGAGCUGGCGUUGCCGAUGCUCAUCGAGCAGGUGAACUGUUCGCACGAAUUGAACGCCCUAUUGCAGAAAAACAUCGGUAUGAUGGGCAGGCGCAUGAAGCGAGCCUUGAGUGUCAGUGAGCGGGUCGUCGAGUCUGCGAACGAUCUCUGGGACUAUAUAUGGCUUGUCCUCCAUUAUGCGUUCAGAGUCUGGAUAUGGCCGGUAGCCGCACAACUCUUUAUCUUUGGGCUCAUCACCCAUCGCAUAAUGGGAGAAGCCGUUCUUCAGCUUCUCCAUUGGCGACCAGGUUCUUCCGACUCGCCAGCUCUGAAAGACAUCUCCGCGACGGCGCAACAGAUUGACAUACGAUUACAACAGUCCUGUUACUGGCCCAUUCAGUAUCUCACCUUACGAAGGAGGAAAAUCGACUGGGAAAGCAUCACUAACAGUCAUCCGGAGUAUAUCCGGUUCUACAAUAGUCUGUGGCUGGUUGCCAACGAUGUCAUAAUGGGCAUCGCUGUUGGAACAUUCAUCAUCGAGAACGCUUCGUUCGUGGCUGCUCAGGUCGAUACCAUAUUCAGUACCUGGUCAGUCGACGGUCUACGGCGCAUGAUAUCAUGGCUUAUGGGAUGGCCCGGAGGCUUGAAGUUGAACACUGAACUGGCUGCGUUCCUGGGCGACCUUUUUCUUUGGGUCAUUGAUUACUGGGCGGGAUGCAUAUCACUCCUGCGGCCACAUCUACCUGCGCUGAUCCAGAUCAUUGGCUUUUCCGCUUUCGCUGGCGCCACUAUGCCCAUCUCAAUCUUCUCGGACCUCGUUUCGCUGCUGACGCUGCACAUCUAUUCGUUUUACGUCGCGUCUGCUCGCAUCUUUCAUUGGCAGCUUACGAUAAUCAUAUCCCUCUUCCACCUUUUCCGUGGAAAGAAGCGCAACAUCCUCCGCAACCGAAUCGACUCAUGCGACUACGACUUGGACCAGCUAUUGCUCGGCACUAUUCUUUUCACACUGCAGUUCUUCUUACUGCCAACUGUGUUCGUCUUCUACUUGACGUUUGCGAGCGCACGCAUUGCUGUCAUCGGACUAAAAGCUGCGCUGGAGAUGGGGCUUGCCUGUCUCAAUCACUUCCCGCUCUUCGCAGUCAUGCUACGACUGAAGGAUCCUGGAAGACUACCUGGAGGAAUCUGUUUCGAGCUACAAGACACGACCGAUCUUUCCUCCAGCAUGACAAGCGAGACAGGCUCACCGCCGACGGCCUAUGUGUUGCUGAAGUCGAUCCCGCUGUCACUACGCGCGAUGUUUCAACCCUAUUUCGACCUCGGCGAUCGCAUACGCAAGCACUACUUCUCGCCUAGCGUCUUGUUGUAUCUCGUGUCGGGGCAGUUUGUCCCACCCAUCCACCGCCGCAACUUAUACAGCUUGCAAUAUAGUAUGCUCCCCGCCAACAGAGCAAGCAUAGGCGAGCUGUGGAAGAAGCUGACAGAAAGGAGUGCCACGCCGUCGCACGGGCCUCACGGGUACGCUGCGAUGCCAUUCAGGAAGGACAUACUCAAUGGUAAAAGUAGAAAAGUCACGUGA